AUGAGUCAGGAGAGCGUGUUCCCGGGGUGGAGGGGGGAGUGGGCAGGGCUUCUGACGUGUCAGACCAUCCUCCUUGUGCUGAUUGGCCUCUUGGUAUCCAUCAGCACCAAUCAGGCAGCUACAGAGCCCAUGUCAAAUGCCACUCAACCUUGGGAGACCCCUGAGGAAGAGUUGGCCUCCCUGAGGUUGAAGCUGAGUUCUGAGCUGCGACGCUACAGCCGGCUAUGUGAUGACUAUGUCAGCCCGGCACAAAACUGCUCUGCCACAGUGGUGAAUUUCACAGAGUGUCCUGAGUGGUGGCUUCAUGUACCCGUAAAUGAUCAUCAUAACCAUGUGUUUGUUUUACAGGAAGCCCUGGAAAAGGAGGCCAGUAGAGUUGGUGGGUUUAAUAACUACUUAUGGAUCGACCUAUCAGACAGAGAGAUAGAGGGGGACUGGAAAUGGGUGGACCACACAAAGCUCACAAAUGAGUAUGUUCUGAAACCAGUCGAGCUCGCGCCUGAUAACAACCUCUCCGGUGGGAUUGAAGGUGAGGGCCCUGUGGUCCUGGAGAGCAACACUCAGACCUGGUCCCACGUGCCCUGUGACUUCACCUACCUCCGCAUCUGUCAAAUGAAUGUCAUCCCCAUUACUUGCCCUGGAAUCAGCGGGUGAAAGACACCACUGACCAUGAAAUAAGCUUAGAGUGGCAGGAAUUCAAUAAGAAGGCACAUUGCAUGGAUGCACUGUUGACAAUGUGCAUUUCAAAUGCAAUUUUCCCAUGUUUUAGGAAAUCAAAUUCAGUGUAAACGCAGAGGUCAUAAAGUGUAAAUUCCCUUCUAAAGUCAAACGCAAUGUGCAUUUCUACAGCGUGCAGUGGAUUGAAUCCCAGUCACAGUAUGUGUAACGAGCCAAAACAAAUGAAGACGUGACAGUGGGUAUCUAUUUGUGUUGGUGUCUGUCCACCCACCACUGAAGGUAUUUCAACAAAGCUGCCAAUCAGUCACACCUCAGUCAUUGCUUAUUUUUCAUUCUUGUUAAAUUCAAGACUUGAAAUACAACCUAACACUUUAUUUCACAGUCCUAUAACACAGCAACAUUAACCCCUGUAUUUUCUCUGUUACUAUUUCAAACAAUUCAGCAAAACGUUGUAGCCUGCUUGCAAGGAGCCUGAUCACUCAGCGGUCUGCUCGCACCACCUGAAACCGGGAGAAACUAUACUAUACAAAAACGGACUCCAAAACAAAGCGCUAUGCAAUGUCCACUGAGUAUACCAGACAUU